AGGUUAAAAACACAACUUUAUUUAUUUAUGAUUUAUAAUAUUAACUAAGCAAUUUUGAAAGCAAUAAUUCGGAUGAAACAAAAAGACUUGAAAAAAAAUCGUGAUUAUAGCAAUGAGAUUGUAUGUAUUUCUAAGUAUUUUCGCAUGUAUUACACAUGUUAGAACUAUGGAGAAGGAACUGACAGUAUUCGUCGAGGCUGGAUCGGAAUCCUGUUUUUACCAGAAUGUAAACCGAGGAGAUAUCCUGGAUUUAGAUUACCAAGUAAUUGAUGGCGGUCACGGAGAUUUGGACAUCAAUUUUCGUUUAAUCGAUCCCACCGGAAGGAUUUUACUGACAGAUUUCAAGAGAUCGGAGAACAACCACAGACACGACACUGUCAUGGAGGGAGAUUAUAGAUUUUGUUUCGAUAACUCGUUCAGUUCCUUCAACACCAAAACAGUAUUUUUCGAAUUGAUUAUAGAAGGUGAAGAUAACGGCCAAUGGGAUUCGAACGAGAACAUCGACUUUGAAAACGUUCCGAAAGACGUGAUUAUCGACAAUGCUCAAGAAAUGAUGAACGUUGUCAGGAAUCAUUUAAACAAGGCUCGCAGCAUCCAAGGCUUGCUGAAAUCAACGGAAGCGAGAGACAGGAAUUUAGCUGAAGAAAACUACUUUAAAGUCAAUACUUACUCGUUCGUACAAUUAACUCUAAUGGUAACGGUGGGGAUCAUUCAAGUCAUCAUGGUUAAGAGCCUGUUCGAUAGCCAGUCGAGAGUCAAUAAGUUUUGGAAGAAUUUUUCAAACUAAUUUUUGUAGUAAAUUUUUUUGCCAUAUACACGUUGUUACCAAAGAAUUCCCAUCGAUUCAUUUAUAAAUUUUAAUAAAAAAUAAUCUUUACAGAGAUAAUUUAUUUAUUUUCAUCAUAAAUACGUUUCUAUUA